GUUUAAAGGUAUGUGUGGAACAGGUUACACAGGUUACACAAACGGAAGUCCACUAAACUGACAUUGUGGACUUAUUGACAGUCUUUACUUUUUAGCGUCCUCUUAUCAAGAAAAUAUUACCCUUACAAAGUGGGAUGAUGUUUUUCUGUGUGACACUCCUGAUUCUCUUCAGCUUCAUGAAAUUUCAAUCAGAGGGAUUAACAGUGAUUGGUCCAGAAGCUCCUCUUGAUGCUGUAGCUGGUGAAGACCUGGUUCUGCCCUGUUUUAUCAAACCCAACACCAGCGCUGUGCACAUGACAGUGGAGUGGAUGAGACUAGAGGAUGUGGCCUCAUUAGUGCAUCUCUAUAAGGAUCAUGAAGACAGAAAUGAAGAGCAGGCUCAGUCUUACAGAGGAAGAACAUCACUGUUUAAAGAGGAGCUACAGAAAGGCAACGCUUCACUCAAACUCUCAUCUCUCCGAGUCUCUGAUGAAGGAAAAUAUAAAUGUCUCGUUGAGGACAAAUCCUGGUAUGAUGACAUCACUGUUCACGUCACUGUUGAGGCUCAGGGAAGCCACCCGGUGAUCACGAUGGAGAGUUAUGAUCACUCAGGAGGGAUUAAUCUAGUGUGUGAGUCCAGAGGCUGGAACCCUGAACCUGAGGUUCUGUGGAUGAACAGAGAAGGAGACACUCUGCCUGCUGAAGAUACACAGAUACACAGAGACACUGAGGGCUUCAGUGUGAAACACCGCAUCACUGUUUAUGAUUAUAGCGACUCCAACAAGUUUUACUGCAGACUUCAACAAAAACAUCACGUGAUGGAGGCAGAGGUUAUCAUUAAUAGUAAACUCUUUGAUGCUUGGAAGUGGGUUGUCGGCAUUUCAGUUUCAGCAUGUCUUAUUGCUAUCGGAUUGAUAGUAACUGCAGUUAUCUCUUACAAGAAAGAGCUUCAGAAGGAGAAGGAAUACGCAGCUUCAGUGCUUCAGAAGGAGAAGGAAUACGCAGCCUCAGAGCUUCAGAAGGAGAAGAGAUACGCAGAGCUGCAGAGACAGAGAGUGGAAGACGAGUUAUCAAAGAAGAAGAAGUUGUUUGCAGUGGAUGUGACUCUGGAUCCUGAUACAGCAAAUCCUGAUCUCAUCCUGUCUGCUGAUGGAAAACAAGUGACACUUGGAGACACAGAACAGUAUCUCCCUGAUACACCACAGAGGUUUACUAGAUAUCCUGGUGUUCUGGGAAAGCAGAGCUUCUCCUCAGGGAGAUUUUAUUAUGAGGUGCAGGUCAGAGGGAAAACUAAGUGGACAUUAGGAGUCGCGAGAGAGAACAUUAACAGGAAGGGGAUUAUUACACUGACUCCUCAGAAUGGAUUCUGGACUGUAGGGCUGAGGAAUGAGAAUUGGCAUGCGGCAUUUGCUGGUCCCUCUGUCCCCCUCACACUGAGAGAGAAGCUGGAGAAGGUGGGAGUGUUUGUGGAUUAUGAGGAGGGUCUGGUCUCCUUUUAUGAUGUGAAGUCCAGCUCUCGUAUCUACUCUUUCACUGGUCAGUCUUUCACUGACAAACUCUAUCCAUUCUUCAGUCCUGGUUUAGAUUAUGGAGGUAACAAUUCAGCACCACUGAUCAUCUCUCCUGUAUUUAACACUGAAUGAAUUUUCACCUCACAGAUUUAAUCAUCUAUUAAAUGAUGAGAAUUAAAAGUUAAUAUUUUACUUUUUCUGGUAAAUUUUAGAAAUACAUAUUCCGUUUUAAAGUGUUGUACAAUUUAUUUUAAUACCUGUUUUUUUUUCAUAAACAAAUAAUGUUAAUCCUUCAGUCUGUUUUUUACACAUUAUGAUUGUGGAACUUUAUUGAUAUUUGAUUUGUAAUGAAAGAUCAUUCACAGUUCACACUGAGUUUUACUGCAGAAUUUAAUAUGAUCAAUAAAAUGUAUGAAGUUCA